UCCAUGGCGGUUCUUUUGACUCGGCGCUUCCGGGCUCCGGGCAGCCCUAGCGAGCUCGGCGGGCGCGGCAGGGGGCGUACGGCGAGCCCGAGCUGGGGCUUCUGCCGGAAGAGAAAGCCAGGACAUUCUGGCCCUUUUCAAGCUACUCAGCUAUGGAGUGGUAUUAUUUACUCCCUUCAGACUCAAGUAGAAAUAAAAAGACGGAGGCAUCAUUUACGGACAUACAAAGAUUGUUUUAUUGGUUCUAAUGCUGUUGAUGUAGUAUUAAGUCAUCUUAUGCAAAAUACGUGUCUAAGUAGCAGUGACAUCUCUCGUCUCAAAGGAGUUCGUCUUUGCCAGGUUUUAAUGAAUAAUAAAGUGUUUGAACCAGUAGGAACGACGCUAUUCAAAAAUGAAAAGAAAUUGGAAUUUGAAGAUUCAAAUACUAGUCUCUAUAGGUUUCUAGACAAUAAAUCAUCAGGUAAUUUUUGCAAAAGAAAGGAUGCUGAGAACAGGUUAAUUGGUGAAAUGAAAGCUAAGGAAUCUUUAAGACCAGAGGAUGAAAUGAUUUCAAAUCCUAUAGCGGAAGAGAUUGAAAAGAUUGAAGAACUUAUUCAUACAGUGGAUGGGAAUCUGGCCUUACCGCCAAAUACCCAAGUUGACAAACCUGUUCUUCUGCUUUCAAGAGAAGCUGUGGAAGAUGUUUGGAAACAACAAGCAGUAUUACGCAUUCUUCAACUGACUCACCUCCCAUUCUUGGAAAAUAUUUUGGACCCUCCAGUUAAAACACAGACUCUUCAGUUAAGUAAAGAGGAAACCCUUGUUAUAUCAAACACCUGUCUAGACAGAGAAGUUAUUCCAAACUUAUGUCUUCAUGAGAUUGAUAACUGGCUCAAUGCAGCAAUUGAAUGUUUGGAAUAUUUCCCAGAUCAGCUGAUAGUUACAGUUAAUCAGCAGUUAGUACAAAGCAGAGACGAAAAUACAAGAUUGAACGUACAGAAGAAAUUACUCUUUGAUGUUAUAGUGAAAUAUUACAAUCAAGAGAGAGCUUGCUUAUUGACUGAGGAGUAUUUUGACAUUCAGUCAGGGAUUAUUGAACUUUUAGAAAGUGGGAAAAGGACUGACGCACUUGAAGCAACACAACUUUAUCUAAGAUUGUUGUCGCCCAAUAUUAGAGAAGAAUUACGGCGGCUACUCACUUUCAUGGCCAUUGCAUCUGAACCUAACGCCUACAAAUUACAGAAACAGUAUGAUAACAAAACGGUGGUGCUGAAAACUCUCGCCAAAGCAGUUUUACAAACCAAUUCAUUAUUAAAAGUACAGGCAGAACAAUUAGUCUGGUUUCUACUGGAGUUUCACUCUGAGCUCUUCAAGACACCAGUGACUUUAUUGGAUUUAGUUAGCAAGAAACUUAAGAGACUUCAACAGGGAGAAGAUCCAGAUGCCGUAUCAGACUUCACAUUUUGCCAGCGCUUGACAUACAAGGAAUUUGAAAAGCAAAAGGAAAAGACAGUUGAGUAUCUUCACCAGUUGACUCUUGAAAUUAAUAGUAACCCCAGCAUCUCUUUGAAACUAAAAAGGAAAUUAAUUAAGGAAUUUCAGAAGUACCACCCUGGAGCCUUGCGGUAGCAUUUCUGCGGUGGAC